AUGGCGGAUUCUAGCGAUCCGAGCCGCCGCGACACCGUCGACCAGGGUAGCUUUCGUGGCACGGCAAAUCAUCGCAACGCAGGCGACGUAUCCCUGGAGCAGAUAGCCAAUCGCAAGGAUGAGUGCGUGCGUUUCCUGGAGAAGCGCAGCCUGGACCUGCUCUGCUUCACCUACUCGUUGAGCCCCGAGCGGGCCCAGGAGUUCAACCGGGUGUUAGAGGGCGACAUGGACCGUAUGUUGCUGGACGCGCAUAAACAGCUGGCGAUGUACCGGCUGUACGGUUCGGGGACCGACGGCUCGUUUUCCAAGUACCGUCUUAACCACCUGGAGACCAUAGCUCGGGAAGCGGAGCAGUGCUACGAGCGCUUCGAGCGUGCGAAAAAGCAGAACCCGCACCCCAAUGUGACUGCAAUAGUGCCAAUAUUCGGCACGGACGACCUCGAGAAGAGAGUGCGCCAGAGCCUGGCGGAGCAGGAGAACGUCAACAAGGCGUUCGCCAACUUAAAGGACAACUGCAAGAGACUGCUGGAGAGUUCGGAGCACGUGAGGAAGAUGAUACGCAACCUCCGCGAGCAAAACCAGCUGAUCUUCUUCAAGCAUCUUAGGGUGUCAUCCCUCAUCGACGAGGUGGCCACCUUCCUGGGAGUUUGCGUACGCGACAGCGUAGCGGAGGAUCUGCACUCGGCGUGUCUUUCGCAGGCUGCCUCGGAGUUCACGGUGGAAAGUUGGGUGCGCAAGAUCAAGGAGUGCCAGGCCACCAUGCAGACAAUCCGUACGGAGGCCCGCACAUACUUCUGGGAAAAAGAAUCGGACUCCGGCAAGGAGAAACAGUUGCUGACCGACGAUCAGCGUAAAGAGAUCCAAAGCGCCAUCGUGCGCAACACGGGUAGCAUUCUGCAGCUUUCGCACGGCGCGGAAUCGCUGCGACAGAAGCUCUCCCGAGAUGCCUAG